AUGUCAAACUCCUUGUAUCGUAGUCCAAGCAUGGCACAUGGAGGCGCAUUAUACAAGUCGCCCUCAAUGAGCGCUUUUGCUGGUGGAGCACCUUUUGGUGCAAUGUCUGUAGCUGAUUUGGGAAGCCUCACUCGCCUUGAGGAUAAGAUUAGACUCCUUCAAGAAGACCUCGAAUCUGAACGUGAACUCCGAAAUCGCAUCGAACGUGAACGCGCAGAUCUUAGCGUACAGCUUAUUGCUUUAACUGACCGACUUGGUUUGUUUUAA